AUGGCAGGGCGGUGGACCGAGGUCUGCGCGCUGCGUGACGAGCUCCGCAGCAGGCCCGAGUGUGCGGAUGCGGUAGCAGAGGCCGAGCAAGCGUUUGCCGAGGCGCUGGCAGCAUUGGCUGCCGAGCGGGACGGCGGGAGCGGGAGCAACAACAACAGCAGCAGCAGUCGUGGCAAGGGUCUCUCGCGUUCGCGGCUGUCGCGGCCGUUUGUGACGGCGGAAGAGGCGGCCGAUGAGGCUGGUGGCGCUCUGUUGGCCCGGUCGGUGUCGGGCGCUGGCUUGGCGGCCGGCGAGGAGGCGGCGUCGGCCGAGGAGGUGGUCGGCAAGAUGGCACUGCGGUUUCCAUCGGUGCUGAUGACCAAGCGCCUGCGACGGUACAAGCCGUUGCUCAAGGUUGUGCUGCACUCAUCGUACCUGGCGGUCUCGGCCCUCCUCCGCACCAUGCCGCACGAGACUCAGGAGGCCGUGCCCGAGCUGGUGGUCCGCGUGUUUGAGGACCGUGGCUCGACGCUUGCGCUGCUGACAAAGCUUGUCGAGACCGAAGUGGGCGCGACGACCACGGCGUCGACGCUCUUCCGCACCAACUCGGCGUCGACCAAGCUGAUGAAGGCGUACUCGAAGGAAAUUGGGAAGCCGUACCUGGCCACGGUCGUGGCGCCGCUCAUCGUCAACCUGCUCGCGGCCUUUGAGGCCAAGUCGUCGGCCGACCUGGUCUUUCCACACGAGGCCCGCGCGGCGUCGGCCGAGGCGAUCACGCCCGGCGGCAUGCCGCUCGCCCCGCCACCGCCCAAGAAGACCGCGCCACCUGCGCUUGGCGUCCAGUCGCCAGCCAAGUCGAAGCGGGCGUCGGUGGCACUAGUUGCACCGCCGCCGGCUUCGGCUGCCACCUCGCCGCUGCUCACCACAAACGUGGCCAACGGGCGCAAGUACUCGCUGCACGUCCGCGAGGGCCCGCUCAAGGGCGGCGUCUACCCACUCACCACUGACGCGCCCGUCAAGAUUGGGCGUUCCAAACAGCGCGGCAACACUAUCGUCAUCCCGGGCACUGGCCAGCUCAAAGAGCUCGGUGACGACUCGGUCUCCAAGGAGCAUGCUGCUCUCGAGUAUGACCGCCAACGCGACUGCUUUGUCCUCCGCAACCUCUCAUCAACCAACCAGAUCUUUGUGCGCACCAACACACCGGUGACCGGGCCCGACGCGCGCGGCAAGAAGGAGGUUGUCGUCGUCAACUCGGGCGAAGACCUGCCUGUAGCCGACGGCUUUCUCAUCCGGGUUGGCAUCAAGUCCAAGUUUGCAGUCGUCGUUCAGGAGCUGCUCGAGGACGAGGCCGCCAGCAGCGAAAGCGGGAGCACGAACGCAGGUGCGAGUGCCGAGCCAAACCCCGACGGUAUGUCCAAGCUCGGAGCCGGUCCUGCUGCGGCGGCAUCGGCUGCUGCCGCCUUUGAGGACGAUCUCGUCUUCCAGGCCGCGUGCUACGUGGUCGACUGGAUCGUGGCGCAAGUCGAUGCCACACCAAUCAAGUUUAUGGACCUCUGCUACCAGAUGCGACGGAUUGUGGUGGGCAAGUUCCCAUCUGCCGAGCUCACGCCUGUGGUCGGGUUUUUCUUCCUCCGCUUUGUCUGCCCAGCCAUUGUCUCGCCGCAUGAGUACGGCCUGCUCCCAGAUGCAGUGCCCGGCCCGCUGCGGGUCAUGCUUGUCAAGGUGGCCAAGAUCCUGCAGUCGCUGGCCAAUCGCAUUAUUUCGGGCGCCAAGUCGCAGGACAUGGUGGCGCCGUCAGCGUCGGCAGCCGCUAACGCCGCCUUUGCCCAACUCAAGACCCAUUCAGUCCGCACCUUCCUCCUCAACAUCUCCAAGACCGCGCCGGCCAAGGCUGCCUCGACCGGCUCAGGCCACAUCAAUGAGCGCGACUGUCGCAAUUUGUUUUAUCACUUUGUGCGCGGCCGCGACGCCAUCCUCGCCGACAUGACAGCCAUUGUGCAGGAGCUGCGCGACGCUGCGGCCUCCGACGCCGCUAACGAGCUCUCCGACUCUCUAGCGGAGCGCCUGAAGACCAACCUGACGGCGGCGCUCGCCGGGCUGCAGGACUCGGAUCAUCAGAUUGUGGCGGCCAUGGAGUGCACGCUGGCCACAGCGGAUGUGAGCUACGAAGAUGCGCACGAUUGGCUUGUCUCCUACCUUCCGCCGCACGCCAACGCCGACGACGUGAGCGCCCUCGGUUCGCAGCUGGUGGCGUCGGGCCUGCUACAAUCGUCACAUCCGAACGGAUUUGUCGAGCACGCGCAGUUUACCUUUGCGCCCGACGUGUCCAAGGCGCAGUCGCUAGACGUGCUUCCGUUCAUCAAUGACCUCUGCACGCUCUUUCAGCUCUUCGAGGCCUCGGACGCCUUGGUCUCCAAGUCGGACCUUGUCUCCAUCGCCAACUGCACGCAGUUCCAGGAGUGGGUCCGGCACGACCGUGAGGCGCGUCGCCGGCUUGCAGGCUCGUUCUGUCUGCUCAACACCAACAUGGAGUUCUUCUUCUCACUCUUUUCGAUGGUCAAGUACUCGAUCGACGAGUUCCGUGUCGGCAGCAGUCUUAGCCGGUCCCGGUCGAGCGCCAAGUUGUAGCCAAGCCAGUGCAAACGCUCCGUCAGUCG